UCCCUUUAUCUGGGUAUUAUCUGCGGCCAUUGACUAUAUUAUUGACUCGAACUCGCUAAACCGCCCUCUAUCCGCACCGGAGGGCGUGUAAUCUUCGUCGAAACGGAUCAGGGUAUCGCGGAGGAUGAAAGGCUCUCGGGAUCGAUGGGUGUAAUACGAAAGAAGACCGCUACGCGCGGUACAGAAGCCGGCACCAAAUAUCACUGUGAUGUGUGCUCUGUGGACGUCACUUCGACUGUUCGCAUAUCAUGCGCUCACCCAUCUUGCCCUGAAUACGAUCUAUGUGUGCCAUGCUUCGCGGCCGGAGAGAAAACAAAAAACCAUGACCCAUCUACGCAUCCGUUUCAGGUUAUAGAACAGAAUUCGGUGCCCAUCUUCCAAGAAGAUUGGGGUGCCGACGAGGAGCUCUUGUUGCUGGAAGGUGCCGAGAUCUAUGGCUUGGGUUCGUGGGCCGAUAUCGCAGACCAUAUUGGUGGAUAUCGGACGAAGGAGGAGGUGCGUGAUCAUUAUUUGAGCACAUAUAUUGAUAGCCCAAACUUCCCAUUACCUGAGCGCGCUGAUCCGGAGGAUACGCGUCUCCAAGACUCGAUUUCCAAGGAGGAAUUCCAGGCUCGGAAGAAAAGGCGCAUUGAAGAGCGCAAAGAGGCAGCUAAAGCUGCACCUCCUACCACACCAAAGCAGAAGCCUACAGCUAGUGUACCCGCUUGUCAUGAGGUGCAAGGUUACAUGCCGGGACGACUGGAAUUCGAGACGGAAUUUAUGAACGAUGCUGAGGAAGCUGUGCAACACAUGACCUUUGAGCCUGGUGCGGGCGAGACGCCUAAUGGUGAAACCGACGCCGAGAUGGAAUUGAAGAUGACUGUUGUCGACAUUUAUAAUACGCGCCUUACGGCGCGAACAGAGCGCAAGAAAAUAUUGUUUGAGCAUAAUCUCCUCGAAUACCGGAAAAACACAGCUUUAGAGAAAAAGCGCACAAAGGAGGAGCGAGAGUUACUGAACAAGGCAAAACCAUUCGCACGGAUGAUGAACCAUGAAGACUUUGAGGAAUUCAACAAGGGCCUAGAAUACGAGCACAAUCUCCGCCUGGCUAUUGCACAACUUCAAGAAUGGCGGCAGAUGGGAAUUGCUGAUCUUAAGGGCGGCGAGAAAUAUGAGCAGGAGAAACAACAACGAGCUCAGCGGCUCAUGCCACAAGGAUCAUUCGACAGAUUUGCGAGUACACGGCCCAAGCAGAAUCAGCAAUCUGAGCAGCCUACUGCCGCCAACCAACUAACAACCCCAGAGCUCCCAUUACGGCUCCAAAAAGCCGCUGACGCGUCUUCUAAGGCGCAAGAACCUAAUGUCCCCUUGAACGAUUUCGAUCGUAUGUUUGCCGCGAACGGUGACGGACCGGCCACUCAGCCCCCCAAAACUAAAUUUGUCGUUCAGCCCUUGAACGGGGUGAUUCCGUGGAAACUGGAGAAUGAAGGCGCGCCGGACCUCCAUCUGCUAACAAAGGAGGAAGUGGAGCUCUGCGAUGCCCUUCAUAUCCAGCCGAAACCCUACUUGGUGAUCAAGGAGACGCUAUUGAAGGAAUCAAUGAAAGCUGGUGGGAGCUUGAAGAAGAAAGAUGCUCGGGCUCUUUGCAAGAUCGACGGCAAUAAGUCUAGUCGAAUAUUCGAUUUCAUGGUGCACAGCGGUUGGAUUAACAAGGGAUAAUGUACGCUCUGUGGCUGUUGCGCAAUGUGAAAAUUAUCCUAGAUCGACUCUUGUAUAUAUUACACAGCGCCAGCGAGAGGAAGGAGUAGGGAGUUGCAGGCGUUGGGACACGAAUCAUCACGAAGCUUUGAAUUUAGAGGCCAAGUCUGAUAGCC